AUGGUGUCUGAGAAAUGGGUUUCAGCAAUUCUACUGCUGCAGCUCAGCUACACUGGCUGUGGAUUCUGUGAGAAGGUCCUGGUGUGGCCCUGUGACAUGAGCCAUUGGCUCAAUCUAAAGGUUAUUUUGGAGAAACUCACAAAAAGGGUCUACGAAGUAACUGUGUUGGUGUCUCCACAAAAUCUCAUCACUGAUCACAACAAGCCUUCCACACUGAACUUUGAGGUGGUCCCUGUGCCACAGGACAGAGAGACUGCUGAAAAUACACUAAAUGACUUUUCAGACCUGUCUGUUAACGUCAUGCCAUCAUUGUCACCCUAACAAUCAACAAAACAACUGCAAGAAUUUUUUCUUCAAAUAAGUAGACAUUUAACACUUUUGCGUGAGAGUGUUGCCUACAACUAGUCAAUCAAGAAGAAACUCCAGGAAACCAACUAUAAUGUUAUGAUUAUAGACCCUGUGAUGCCCUGUGGAGAGCUGAUUGCUGAGUUUCUGGGAGUCUCUUUUGUGUACACGUUAAGGCUCUCCUUGGGUAGCACAAUGGAGGAAUAUUGUGGGAAACUUCCAGCUCCGCCUUCCUAUGUGCCUGUUGCCAUGGUAGGACUAACAGACAAAAUGACAUUUCCAGAAAGGGUAAAAAAUUUAAUGCUUUCCAUUUUCUUUGACUUCUGGCUCCAACAAUAUACUGACACUCAGCUUUGGGACCAGUUUUACAGUAAAGUAUUAGGAAGACCCACUACGUUAUGUGAGACUAUGGGGAAAGCGGAAAUUUGGCUUAUCAGGACAUAUUGGGAUUUUGAAUUUCCUCGUCCAUACUUACCUAAUUUUGAGUUUGUAGGAGGAUUGCAUUGUAAGCCUGCCAAACCAUUACCUAAGGAAAUGGAAGAAUUUGUCCAAAGUUCAGGCAAAGAUGGUAUUGUGGUGUUUUCUUUGGGGUCAAUGGUCAAAAACCUCACAGAAGAAAAAGCCAAUCUCAUUGUCUCAGCCCUUGCCCAGAUUCCACAGAAGGUUUUAUGGAGAUACAAAGGAAAGAAACCAGCCACAUUAGGAGCUAAUACUCAGCUCUAUGAUUGGAUACCACAGAAUGAUCUUCUUGGUCAUCCCAAAGCAAAAGGUUUUAUCACUCAUGGUGGAACCAAUGGGAUCUAUGAAGCUAUCUAUCAUGGUGUGCCUAUGGUGGGAGUUCCCAUGUUUGCUGAUCAGCCUGACAACAUUGCUCACAUGAAGGCCAAAGGAGCGGCUGUGGAGGUGAACAUAAACACAGUGACAAGUGGAGAUUUGCUCAAUGCCUUGAGAACAGUCAUUAAUGAACCUUUUUAUAAAGAGAAUGCUAUGAGGUUAUCACGGAUUCAGCAUGAUCAGCCUGUAAAGCCCCUGGACCGAGCAGUCUUCUGGAUCGAGUUUGUCAUGAGCCACAAAGGAGCCAAGCACCUGCGGCCAGCUGCCCACGACCUCACCUGGUUCCAGUACCACUCUUUGGAUGUGAUUGGGUUCUUGCUGGCCUGUGUGGCAACUGCUGUAUUCUUGGUCACAAAAUGUUAUUUGUUUUCUUGUCUAAAAUUUGUUAAAACAGGAAAGAAGAAAAAGAGAUAA